AUGAUUUUGGACAGAUUCUUUGCUUGCCUUUCUGUGCUUUCCUUGGCCAAGGUGUCCUUGACACAGGUGGUAUUUCUUCCCAGACGCCUGGAUUUAGACUGGCCUAAAAACUGUGGUGUUGCGUAUUUCCAACCAAACAUAUUUGCUAAGAUUAUUGCCGGCAAUGAAGCGAGGCCUCAUUCUUGGCCAUGGCAAGUCUCCUUACAGGCCCGUUCUAAACCAAGCGAUAAAUUCGUCCAUGUCUGUGGUGGCACCCUCAUUCACAAAAACUGGGUUCUCACUGCUGCCCACUGCUUCCAGAAGGGGCAGGAAGAAGAUGUCACCAACUGGCGAAUUCUUCUCGGCAAGCAUCACCUUAAUCACCCGGAAUCCACAGAACGAAGCUACCGGGUGAAGCGAAUUUAUCGGCAUGAACGUUUUCAGUACCCACAGCUAAAUGAGCUAGAGUAUGACAUUGCUUUGGUCAAGCCAGUGGAAGAUAUUACCGCCAACAGGUUUAUCCAUUAUGCAUGCCUACCAAAAAGAGGCAGUUUUCUCCGUCCGGGACACUCCUGCUGGGUGACUGGCUGGGGGGGCGCAAGAGGUGGAAAAGAUGAAAACUUCUCUCUCUCCGAGGUUUUGAAUCAGGCCAAGUUGCCAGUCAUAGAUUUCAACACAUGUCACCUCAAGAAGUUCUGGGGAAGCAAAAUCCAAUCAUCAAUGCUCUGUGCUGGACUGGAAGAUACAGCAAGGUCUUCAGCUGCUUGCCAGGGAGACUCGGGUGGCCCACUUCUUUGCCAAACUGGGAGAGAGACAUGGGAAGUCCAUGGGGUCGUGAGCUUCGGGCCAGUUGGGUGCCAGGUGCAGAACAAGCCCACUGUCUUUACUAGGACAUCUGCGUAUAUUCCUUGGAUUGAAGCAAUCAGAAUGCAGGAUUUUUUUUUGUAA